GUAAGACAUGGGUUGGGGAUUAGUCCAUACUCAUAUAGUCUUUUUGGAGGAAGUGGAGGGUCAGGGAGACAUGUACCCGGUGUAGGUGACCAGAGGGUCUGUCACACUUCACUUAUCAAUUCAUUCAUCCAGUUUGGUUCUAAUUCAGUCUUUCAUGAUGCUCUUGAUUGAAAUGAUGUGGUUUUAUAAUCAUGCUCUUGGCCAAUGUAUCUCGAGAUUGUCUUCAUGCCUCUGCUCUUGCAGUAUACACCGUGUUAUCUGUGGUUUUAUCUGCCCCUCCCUUACAGGACAAGGAGGCCAUCAGUCUUUGCACUGGAGCACAGAGCCAUAACCUAGAUGUGAAAUCUGAAUCUCUGAAGAAGCUAGCUAAUCUAUCGAGAGAUGUCACAUUCGCUCAGGAAUUCAUCAGUCGUGAUGGCCUCUCUAUCCUAUCCAGGAUUGUGGAGGAGGAGGAAGGGUGAGAUUUGAAUCUGAUGUGGUUUGCUUUACUGAAGCUACAUUGUAGUAGUAAGACCAAUGUGUUUUCCAUUCAUCAACAUGUCUUUUUCAUUUUAUUUGGGAGAUUGUUAUAAAAUAGGCAUUCUUGUGCAUGAAAAACCAAGUUAACAUUCACUAGUAGGCUGCAUACGGUGGGGGAACUACCACAGUCGCAGGGGUUGCAACUGUGACCGUGGGCCACCCACAUCACUUCAGGGCCAAUGCACAGCGCAACUGGCCCGGGGCCUGCGGUUGCCUGGAAACCGGCAGGAGGGGAGCACACAGCACAGUGUGUAGCAUGGCUGACCAGUGCACAGUCUGACAAGGAGUGCUCACUAAGAGCACUUCCUGGCAGACCGGGAACUGCAUGUGCCGAGCAGGUAAGGAGGAGGAAGUCAUGGAGGGGCUGGGGAGGGAAGAGAGCAUGAUGGAGGGGCUGGGGAGAGGGUGAGCAUCAUGGAGAGCAGGGGAGGGGGGAGAGCAUCAAUGAGGGGCUGGAGAAGGGGGGUGAGCAUCAUGGAGGGGCAGGAGAUGCGGUAGAGCAUGAUGGAGGGAGGGAGCAAGAUGGAGGGGCUGGGGAGAGGGUGGGCAUCAUGGAGGGCAGGGGAGAGCAUCAAUGAGGGGCUGGAGAAGGGGUGAGCAUCAUGGAGGGCAGGGAUGUAGAGCAUGAUGGAGGGGCUGGAGAUGGGGUAAGAGCAUGAUGGAGGGGCUGGGAGAGUGGUGGGCAUCAUGAGGGCAGGGAGAGCCGAGAGCAUCAAUGAGGGCUGGAGAGGGUGAGACCAUGAGGGCAGGGGAUGCGUAGAGCAAGAUGGAGGCUGUAGACGGGGAGAGCAUGAUGGAGGGGUUGGGGAGAGAGGGUGGGCACUACGGAGGGCAGGGGAAAGAGCAUCAAUGAGGGGCUGAGAAGGGGGUGAUCAUGGAGGGGCAGGGAUGCGAGAGCAUGAUGGAGGGGCUGGAGACGCUGAGAGCAUGAUGGAGGGGCUGGGGAGAGGGUGGGCAUCAUGGAGGCAGGAGAGUGGAGGGCAUCAAUGAGGGGCUGGAGAGGGGGUGAGCAUCAUGGAGGGGCAGGGGAUGCAGCAGAGCAAGAUGGAGGGGCUGUAGACGGGGGAGAGCGUGACGGAGGGGCUGGGGAGAGGGUGAGCAUGACGGAGGGGCUGGGGAGGAGGGCAGGGUAUGAUGGAGGGGAUGGUGAGGGCAGGGAGUAUGAUGGAGGGGCUGGCUGGGGGGGGGAGAUAAACACAAGAAAGGGGAUGUGGGAGAGACUGAGUGGGAGAAUGAGACACGUGGAGGGACAAAGGGGGGGGUGAAACACAUGGAGAGGCUAAGGGGGAAGAAUGAGACACGUGGAGGCCGGGGGGAGGAAUGAGACACAUUGGGGGGGCCCCAGGGCAGUUUUCGUACCAGGGCCCGGUGGUUUCUAGUUACGCCUCUGGCUGCAUAGCAUUUCAAAAUGACAAAGCCUUGAGAUGGCUAAACUCAAUCUUCAUUGAGGUUUCCUGGCACCCACAUAGUCCAUGUGGCAGCUGAUGUCUAAGAUCAAAUAUGGACGCAGCGAGUAAUGGAUGAAUGUAAUCAUUAGACACGUCUAAACCUGAUUAUUAACUUUGUGUUUAAUAGUUGGGUGCUGUGCAAGCUUAGAAUAGUAUAUACUUGCCACACUCACUGGGACCUUAUUAUGAAAUCUUGAUAUUACCGGCCGCAGAAAAGAACCAUACACACUGCGUGACCCAUCACAACUGUGUUACACCCAUGUGAGUGCGCAAGGGGUGUGCCCAAGCACAUCCUAAUCAGGGUGUGAUUGUCCCCAAAGUCCUAAGUUUUUCCCUACUUGAAAUAACUCAUUAUCUGAUUGAAGAUAUGGAUUUUUAUCAUUACAUGAAUAAUGUUUUUGUUUAAUUUUUCAACUUUGAAUUAGUCUUAAAUUGGUAUUUAAAAAAUGGUUUCGCUAAAUUUUUUCUUCUUUUAUGAAUAGAUAUGCAAUGACUUGUGAGAGUUGGCUUUUCACUAGUAUCCUUUGAUUAAAAUCGUCAGUGCAAAUUGUAAUAAAUAGUGCACUACCACCUGUGGUUCCACAUGAGCCAGAACCUUCAGUGGCAGUCAGGAGAAGAGGGGCCACUAGAGAUUACAGGAGCCGAGGGGCAGCUGCCCUUUUGCCUUGUGUUAAAGACGCCAGCUGAAUGUUUCUUCCAUGUCGUUACAGGGAGGGAGAUGUCAUGGCUCACACUCUGAGAGCCAUCUCGGAGCUCAUGGAACAUGGAAUGGUAUCAUGGGAGACUUUCAGCACAUCAUUCAUAUACAAAGUAAGACAUUACAAUCUAUAAGCCUUAACUAGUACUUCACACACCCAUCUAAUCGUCUGUCCACCUCAACUAGUACUUCCCUCAUCCAUCAAUAUGUCUACCUUAAAGGGAAGCAAACUCGUUUUCCUGGCACUACAGUUUCCCCUUCCGUCAAGGCCCACCCCGUGGAGCAGAAGGGAUUAACAAUCCCUUCUGUCACUUACCUGGCUCCAGCGCCAGUGUCCUUCGGUGUUGACUCAGCUCCGCCCACGCUCCUCCCCCGCCGAUGUAAGCCAGCAGGAGACCUAAUGUGCAUGAGCGGCAAUGGUCGCGCUCGCAUUAGGAUCUCCCCCUAGGAAAGCAUUAUUUAAUACUUUCGAGUGGGGAUUCAGGUGACGCUGGAUGUCAUCAUGCAUAGCAUGUGUGGGGAUAUUUAUGGGAUAAUAAUAGUAAACAGUGAGAAUUGCCCACUAAUUCAAUUCUCAGAUCCCAAAGAACGUUUAUCGUGUUAAGUGGAAAGUAUUUCAUAUAAAUAAUCACAAUGUAUAAAAAUAGAUUUUUAUUUAUUUGACAAAUUAAUUAAUAAUAAUAUAUGUAACAUGCAUAACAAUAAUCAAUGAAUAUUCAGUAUAAAACGAUAUGCAAUACAAAGAAAUGGGUAUUACGUUUCAAUGGCUAAAUAGCAUUUCCUGUCAAGAAUUAUUUAUGACUAUCUUUAACACAGGCUGAAAGUGAAACUUUUCACAGCGAAGAACAGAAUUCCUCAGAGUGCAGCGUAAGGUCGUAAAGUUUAGCAGACAGUUAGAAUAACCCUUUCAAUGCUGGCUAGAUCUCCUAGGUAGUUAAGAUCUAUUCCUAUGUAAUUUUUAAAUAAAAUAACAUUUAAACCAGUUCACUAGUCAUUUUCUUAAAAUCAUCCAAUAAGAGAAUUUACUACAUUAUAUAAGCAGAUUUUUAAUUUGUCUAAAAGAUAUCUAUCUUAAUUUAGAGCAAAUCAAUACACCUGGAUAAAAACAGCGGUAUGCUAACACGUGAUAAUAUCACAUCAAUAUAUAAUUAUUCUUAAUUCCACCUGCAGAAUGGAAUGUUUAUAACUAUAUAUUCUUUUAGUUAACUAAGAUUUCUUAAUAUGGAAAUCUGACCGUGCUUUAUCCAGUCAUAUAUAAUGCUAUUAAUACAUUUUAAUUAAUUUAAUUAAUUAAAUGAAACCAGUAUAAUUACCAGUUGAGUAGAUAUUUCAUCCGAUUGGUAGUCUCUCUGCAUGGAGGUGUUGGUUAGAAAGUCAGUAAAUUCUAAGUGUUAGAGUUUUAGGAGUAGAGUGUUAGUCUCAGAUGUUGUCCGAGUUGGAAUCCCCAAACUUCCAAUUCCUCUCUCCUCUCCUUUGCAUAUCUUGCAUCUCUCCUCUCGUGUAUCUCUCUAUCUUCCCUUUGUCUUAACUUUUAAAGGGCCAGACUCUCUGUACGUCAUCAGUUGAUAACCCAAUAGAAGCACUAGAGGUGUGGUUAUCUUCCAGAUCGCAAAUUAGUUAUUUGGUCUGUAGAGGGCAGUCUUGUCCCACUAAACAUACCUAUCCAGGAAAGAGUUAACUUUUCCUGGUGGCUAUUUUGACGUCAUUUUGGCCUAUCUAGAUAGUGGCUAUAACUUACGUAUCCUUCAAAGAUCAAAGGGGUUCUUAAAUUUUGUCCAGACUAUGUGUCUGCAAAUCUGCUAUAAUUUCUGAUAUGACAGAUCAUGAACUAAGUUUACCCUUUUCCAUACAAUGGUACCUUAUAUAUAUAUAGACAGUUAAAUUUUAUUAUUUAAUCUUCUCUGUCACAAUUGUCUGGGUUUAGAUUUGAUUAUAUUCUUUUAGCAUUAGACAAUCUGUCCAACCCCCUUCCUUAUCACUUGGCUUGUAUAUACUAUGCAUUCCUCAGCUCUGGGAAAGUGGUUAGCUUACAGAUAGAAAUAUAGUGUCUUUCUGUUAACUUGAAAUAACAAAAUGGAGUCUGAUCUGUUCAGAGUGACUCAGAAUAUACACUUUUAGUUUCUAUCAUUGCACAAAAUGUCUGCCGAUAUAAAUACUCUGACAUAACCCCCCUUUAGUGCAUUUCAUAGCCAAAAUUAAUUUAGCUUAUGAAUAAGCACUAUAGAAGUUACUAGACAUAUUGUGCAAUCACAUCAUUUCUAACAUAGGCCCGUGCGUGGAAUGAACAUUUUUGUAUAUAUUUGUACCUGUAAAAGUUUUGAACUUUACACUUAGUACAAUCAACCAUAAUAUCAUUAUUAACAUAGUACAUUAUUUUCAUUUGAAAAAUGUCUUUGGGAGUUACAUAUGGUAUGGUCAAUAAAAAGCAAAUCUCCAUACGUUCCGGAUUUAUUAAGAGAGGUAUAGCGCUCCCCAUCUCAAAGGCCAGAUUUAAUUGCAUAGGCUCAAUUGUCUCUCCAUCCACAUUGGCAAGCAUCGCAUGAACAAUAUCCUUGGAUACAAAGUACAGAGGUAUGCGUCCCCCUGCCAAUUCGAUCAUUCCAGUUUGCACUUCGUCAAGAAAAGCAAGUGUGUGGAACAAUAUUGGGUCAUGCAGAAAUAAAAGUUCACGCUUGAAUAAGUCAUGACUUUGGUGCAACUCAGUGGAUUUGGCAAUUAACUCUGAAUGCAAAUUUGUUGUAACAACUGUGUCUUCCACAAUAGUUAACACGUCUUGGAGAAGUGUUCUUUGCUGUUGUAUCACCUGAUGAAUAUCGUUAAUGUGUUGCUUUAGCGCAUAGAUUUCCAUAUCCAGCUUUUGGACAGUAAUAGAGUUGGCUGCAGACAUUCCAGUUGCGACAACUGCACCGACAGUGGCACAAACUAAUGCAACAAUUAUAGCGGUGAGGAACCUUUUGGGUCGGUUGCUCAUCGGAAUAGAACUGGAUACAAAUGGUUUCCGGGCUUGCUCCAAGAUGUUUCGCACACGGUCCUGUGCUCUUUGGAGGUGCAUCUGGUACCAAGUCUGUAACUCAGGAAGCUGCAUCGAUGAAAUGUUGUAUGCCUUCUCGAUGGAAAUCUUGGGGUCCAAGCUGACGAACACACGUCGGGUCAGGAUCCUCUUCUCGGUCAAGAUGAACCCUGGUGUCUCUUGAAUCAGGAUGCCGGAGGAUGGUCCCAUCUCUGCGAUCGGGUCGGUCCGUAGCUCUUGGCACAGGAGCAGUACGAUCCAGAAACACGCCACAUCCUUCUUGGACAUCUUUCGACAGUCACGGAUCAGGAACUCGUUUCAGACUUAUCUACUAAUGAUUCAAGGUUUGUUAAGCAUACAAACUUAUAACAGUGUGACAUCACUUGGCCUAGGACAACACAUUAUUACGAUUCAUCAACAUAUGUAUUCUCUCUAAUUCUAUUUUUAUAACUUCAUCCCUCACUACAUUUAUUACUGACUCUUCAGCAAUUUGCCUAUAGCAGUUAAACAAGCUAGUAACCUGCUUAUAAAAUGUAGUUAUUGGAUGGCAAGGAAAUGGUUAAUGACAUGAACGUACAUGAGAUCAUGGCACAUCAUAACAUUUCACAUCAUACUAUACCACGUGAAUCAAGCAUUCAUCUAGGUUAGUCGUUCAUCCUUCUGCAUCCGAAUCCACACCUAUAAUCCUUAAUUGAGAUUUAGGAUGACAAGCACGCAACUGGUUAAUGUGAACCCACUUUUCAAUAAAAUCACCAUCCUUAGGAAUUUUUAUCUUAUACGCUACUGGGGAAAUUUUGUCAAUGAUGACAUAUGGCCCUUUCCAAGAAGGUAAAAAUUUCUUUUCCUUUACUUGAUUUCGCGCAAAGUUAUACAGAUAGACUUGAUCUGUUAUCUCAUAUUCCUUUUUCGUGGUUUUUAGAUUGUAAUAGGCGUAAUAGGUGUCGCUGCUUUUUCUAGAUUCUUUUGGGCAAAAGCAAACGCAUGCUGUAAAUGCUUGCGCAAAUCUUCGAUAUACUGAUGCGUAGUGGCAGCAUUGAUCAAGUUAUGAUCCGAAGUACGAUAUAGUAAAUGCUGUGGUAAAACCAUCUUUCUUCCUGUCAUCAAUUCAAAAGGUGACAAUUUGGUAGCAGUGCUAGGUGUAGCUCUAAUCGCCAUUAAAACUAGGGGCAAUUUAAUGUCCCAGUCUUUACCAGACUCCUUAACAUAUUUCUUUAGAAUAUUAACGAUAGACUGGUUAUAUCGCUCUACCCCCCCGCUAGACGCAGCGCGGUAUGCAAUAUGUAGCUUUCGUUUAACACCUAGAAUGUUCCACAUCUUAGCCAUUACUUCGCUGGUAAAAUGACUACCUCUGUCUGACUCAAUUCUUUGAGGCAGACCGAACCUGGAAAAGACAUGGUUAAUCAACAAAGUGGCGCACACGGUACUCGUGUUCUCUUUACAAGGCAAACAUUCUAUCCACUUUGUGUACAUACAUGUAACGGUUAACAUGUAUUUGUUACCUCUUGAAGAUCUUGUUACAGGACCUAUAAAGUCAAUUUGAAUAUCAGACCAGGGUAAUGACACCCCCCUCUUCUGAAGUGGUGCACGAUGGGUUGGACCAUGGGGUUGAUAUUGCGGACAAAUCAAGCAUCCCUGACAGUAUGUCUUAACAUCCCUUAACAUGUGUGGCCAAUAUGCAUAAUCACGCAAUAUCUCAUAUGUGAUCUUAUCACCACGAUGCCCAGAUGUAGGUGCAUCAUGUGCGUGUUGGAGCAUUAACCCUCUGUAUACAGUUGGGACUACCCAUUGUUGUAUACCAUGUUUAGAAGUUCUGACCAGUAACCCAUCCAUGAUACUAAAUUGGACUUUAUAUCUCAUCAAGAUUCGUAAAUCUUCAUUAUUUUGCAAUCCUCAUCUGUGAUGGGAUUGGCAGUAGGGUCUUCUAUAUGUUUAUAGAAUAUGCCUAUGACGGGAUCAUUCUUUUGACUAGUAAUCAGGUCCUCACUAGGAGCUUCUUGACUCCAUUGCACGACGUUUAAGUCGGCAUUAUCUCUAGCCUGUCGUCUAGUUAUGGCUUCAACAUGAAUUGAACCCAUAAGAUCAUCAAUGUUUAGGGUUUCACCAUUGAUGGCAGCUUGUUUUGCCAGUGAAUCGGCUAAGUCAUUACCAUCCUUGUCAAUACCUUCUAUUUUAGAAUGGCCUUUGGUUUUCUUCCAAUAUAUGGAUAAACCAUUUUCCUUAACCAGCUCAUCGAUUUUACAAAACAAUUUCCCAUGUUUAACAGGUUUGUUAUUGCUUUUCAGCAUUUGGUUACGUUUCCAGCUAGGCAGAUAUUCGACGAAACUGUUGCGAACAUAGUUGGAAUCAGUUAUGAUAACAAAUUCUUUGAUACCAUAUUCUAUUGCCAUUUGAAUGGUCUUAUAUACUGCACAGAGUUCGGCUAUCUGACUGCUUUUGGCACCAAUAUUGUAUCCUAUAGAUACAUUGGGAUAAUCACCUAUCCAGGCGAUUCCGAUACCUGCAACUAACUUCCGUUCAGCACCAACAACGUGGUGAUAUGAACAACCAUCAAUGUAUACCCACGGUAGUGGUCGACAGUAUUCCUCGUCAUAAACUUUAUAAGGGGAUAGCAAUUGCUCUUCUAGGAAGUCAUCUCCGGUGUCAUUAUCAUCCAGAGAUGGAGCAGUACAGUCAUGUAAUUCUGCUAAACCUUGGGCAACUGGGCUUCUCUUAUUAUGUUUAUAACGGACUUCUAACGGCCAUCCCUGUAAGGAUAGAGUCCAUGCAGUAAUCCGACUGUUAGAGAGAUUACCGUCUCUAAUUCUUUCACUCUGCAGAUACUGUAGAGGUUGGUGAGCUGUUUCUACAAUUAUUUUCUCACCUUGGAUAUAGCUACGAAAAUUUUGUAGUGCCCAGACAGUCGACAAUAACGCCUUCUCACACGUGUUGAAUUUAACUUCAACAGGUGACAAAGUCUUGCUAGCAUAUGCAAUAACUUUGUUUAAACUGUCCUGCUUCUGAUACAGAACAGCACUUAUGCUUAAAUUGGUAUAUCCUGUCUCCAGAUAGAAGGGUUUACCCCCCUCUGGGUAUGCUAAACAGGGUGCCUGAGUGAGCUUCCUCCUCAGUUCACUUACCGCUUGGUCCUGAGGCUCCCCCAGUUCCAGGUAGUUUCCUUUUUAAGCAGGUGUAAGAGUGGUUUAGUUAUUUCUGCAUAGUUAUCUAUAAACUUACGGGAGUAGUUAGUCAUACCAAGGAACGAUCUUAAUUCCCUGAUGUUUGAAGGUGUUUUAGCCUUUAGUACGGCUUCAACCUUCUUCCUCUGGGGAUUUAAUCCUUCAGAAGUUACCUCAUGUCCGAGGAAAUUGACAUGGGUGCGACACCAUUGUGCCUUUUGUAAAGACAGUUUAAUCCCUGCCUCUCUUAACUGAGUGAGAACAUGUCUAAUCUCUAAGAUAUGCUUAUCAAAGGAAGUGCUUUUCAGCAAGACAUCGUCGACAUAUGAUAACGUUCCUCUCUCGAGUGCGUCAGGCAUAGCUUUAUGCAUGAACACAGCAAAUUCAUGACCAGAGUUUAUGUAACCGAAAGGCAUACGGGUCCAGGUAUACUGCUGCUUUCCAAAUGUGAAGGCCAAUUUGUAUUGGUCUUCAUUAUGGAUUGGUACAGUCCAAUAUCCCUGCGCACAGUCAAUGGCAGUGAAUAUUUUGGAUCCCUGCAUUUGUACCAAACAUUGGUCUAUGUAUGGCGUUGGCCAACCAGACAUAUAGACGCGUUUAUUUAGCUGUCGUAAGUCAGCGCAUAAACGCCAUUGUCCAUUAGGUUUCAGAAUCCCCAAGAUCGGAUUAUUAUACGAACUGUGCACUGGACGUAUAAUGCCCCUUUCCUUUAAAUUCUGAAUGAUGUCUUGUAGACCAUCAUAUGACGCUAAUGGGAGUCUAUAUUGUUUGAUAAAUACAGGUGGUAAAUUUGGAUCAGUUUGUAUUCUGGCUACGUGGAGGUUAGUUAACCCACAGUCGUAGGAAUCUUUGGCAAAAAUAUCUUGGAAUUCCAAAAGGAUUUCCUUUAGCUGUUGCCGCUCAGCAUCGUUGGAGCAACCGUCAGCUAAAGAUAUUUGCUCUUCUAGCCUUUCCUGAAAUCCUGGAAAGAUUUCAGGCUGGCCUAUCUCAUAAGCUUCUUCAAGCCUAGAAGUUAGGUCAGUUCGGUGUUGACUUACCUUUUCUCUUUGGUCGAGAUACUCUUGUGAUUCCUGCUCAUCGAGCGGAUGAUCGAAGGUGAUUGAUGCUUCUUCGAUUUUACACGAGCCUUCUUCAACAUUGAAGGGAUACACAGAUAGGAUAGUAAAUAAUCCUUCUGGGGAGGAAUGGAAUAUUUGAUGGACAAUUUCGUCCUCAGUUAAGUAUUCUUCAGGGAUGAGGCCUAUAAUUUGGUUUUGGAAACCAAAUGUAUAGUACUCAGCAUCCAAUGCUAGACCUAAUAAUGUUCCUUUUGGUAAAGUAAUACUAUUGGGUGUAACAUUGUUGACCAUGAUAUAGGUGGGAUUCUUACCAAUACUUACCAUUGGUGUAUGUGUUACCACCAUCCCUAAUUGUUGUAUUUUGUUGGAUAAACAGAUUAGGGCAUCAGAGUUUUCCAAUCUCUGACCCUUCUUGACCUGUAGGGGUAAAAGAAAAUUACUUGUCCCCUGUGGAAUGGUUAUGUCAUCAGGAACUUGGAUACUUACCGCAUAUGGGAGUAUUUGUCCUGAUUUCAGGGCAUUUUCCUCGUGUAGGUAUCCACAAGGAUUACCUUUUAACCUUGUCCACAAGUUGGAAUUAAUCAGGUCAAGGUGUAUGGCAAAGCGAUGUAUGACAUCAUUGCCAACGUAAACCUGAUAGCGAGGUUCAUUUAUCACUAAGAAUAAAUGUUUAACGGUCUUAUUUCCGAUGGAAAUAGAUAGUAAACAUUUUGCUAUCACAUUGUGACUCUCUGAUUCGCCAUCCAGAUUCUGGAUCCACCUGUCAUGUGGGGAAGCGUACCUGAUCAUUUUAGGAUUAGCGAUCUGCUUUAACAGACUUCUGCUAAUAUAGCUGUUCUCACUCUGUAAGUCCAGCUUUGCAUUCCUACUUCUUCCUAAGUCAUUUAUUUGCAUAGGAAAGAAUAGGUUGUUAUUAACCCUUUCAAUUCUGGCAAGGAAUUGAGCAUGACCUGCCAGAUCUACAGAUUCAACAUAGUCCCUGUGGAGAGAAAUGGUUAAAACAUCACCUUCCAGAGAGACAUUCUGGAUCCUCUCUGGAGCAAUUCUUACGGAAUGCUCAUCUACAGGUGCGAUUGCAUCAUUCACCUGCAGGAUAGUCACGUCAGGUGACUGACUAUUUCUAAAAUGUACCUCAAUUGAGUCAGGUCUUUCUUCUAUCACUUGGCAGUUACGAUCAGAUUGUACAUGUGAUUUCUCAUAGGUUAUGGGAACCUUAGCUUGUGACCAUACAAUUCCAUUUACACAGUCAAUAAUCGUGUUAAGUCUUCUAAGUAUGUCUAUACCCAGAAUCAGUCGGUCAUAGGGGAGAUCUACCACUAUCACCGGGUGUCUAAAGGUUUUGUUACCUAUUUUAAACUUUAACCAGGUAUUGCCAAUAACAUGAAGGGCAUUUCCUCCUACACUCAACAGAGCAUUGGGGAAAUCUCUUAGCUUCGGCUUAUCCGUUGCUAAUUCCAUUACCUGCUGGAAGUAGGUAUUGGAUAAGAUAGUGGCUUGUGAACCAGUAUCUAUUAACCCUUUAAAAGGCUGGGGUAGUGAAUCCUGUAUUUCUACAGACAUGUAGUACCUUCCUUCAUGUUCUUCUAAUUCACAUAAGAAUUUAGAAUGUGUCAACAUAUUACUUGUUUUCCAUACGUUACCGGUCACAGCAGUAGUUUCUACCUGUACUGAGGAAUGCUCAGUCUUACCCACAGGCCCAUCCUUCUUAGGAAUAUCUUGAACUGUCAAGCGGGAACUAGUGGUCGGCAUCUCAUCAGUUAACCCUUUCAGGUCUGGAUCCUGGAAACUAGUGGUUGCUGGGGCUAUUUUAGCCUUUGGCUGAAAUGAAAAAACAGAGGAACACGUUGCGCCUCCUUCACCCGAAAGUGAAGUGACGGGAUAGGCAAUAGGUUUCCUAACACAACUAUUGUUUGUUUGACUGUUAGUACCUGGAAAGGAAACAGGGUUAGGCAUUACAUCUACUGAUAACCUAGCCUGUUUAGUCACAGUGGCUAUUAUUGCUGCGGCACCUGCUGUUGUUGCUGCGGUUGCACAGGUAGUUCUGCAAUUGGAGCUAUCCCUAAAAAAGGAUUGAGAGCAAAGACUUGGUUGAUCUUUGUCAUUUCCUCCAUUAAUUUGCCCAUCUGGUCUGUCAAUUGACCAACCUGACGACGUAAAUUAUUUCCCCCAUUGCCGUUUUGUCUUUGCCCAUUAGAAUUUGGCUGGGAUGGCUGAGACUGUUGGGAGUUAUUGGAAGCAGAUUGGUUGUUUCUGUUUCCAUAUCUCCUGUUUCCCUGAGGAUUCCUUCUCCAUUGAGAAUUGCCUUGGUUUUUAUUAACCCAGGGGUGUUUAUUCCCAUUGGCAUUGGAUUUUUCAGAGUUAUUAGAGGAAUUUGCAGAAUUGCUUCCGGCAUUUUCCUGUUUCUGAGGUUUUGGUGUUUUCAAAACCUCGGAAUAGGUCCUCUUUUUCUGUUGGGUUUCUAAACUAACUGAAUUUUAGUCUCUGACACCAUUUUAUCACCAGGUUUCUUAACCUUUGGCUGAUUUUCGUCAUGUGCAUGGUGUACAGUAUACAAUUUCAUGCACUGACUGACUAGCCAUUCUAAUGGUAACUUACAAUCGUAAUCUCUUGCGAGAUUCAUUUGUAUGUUUACUGGCAUGGCAUGAAAAUACAGAUCUUUGAAGUCUGUGCUUUCAUACCUGGGUUUUCUUUGGGCCACGGAGUAUGCAUUUUUAAGAAUUAUUAAAAAUUCUCUGGGGCUUUGAUCUGGACGGCACUUUAAGUUAUAAAGCGCCCUCUUUGCAGAGGCAAUAGUUUUAUACUUACCAUAUUCCAUGAUUAUUUCAUAUUUCAUCUUGGACCAGGACAUUAACUGUAUAGCUUGAAGACUUUCUAGAUAAACACGGCACAUUGAAUCAAAGGUCCAUGUAAUGAACCAUUUCUUAUGAAUGUCAUCAUACAUGCCCAAUGAAUUCAUUGCUCUAUCAUAAUUUUCCAGAUGUUCAGAUAUGUUUCCUGAACCUCUAGAAAAUUGUGGGACAGUCUCUCUAAGGAAUUUGAUGACCUUUGGUGUUUCAUAAACAGGCAUCGUUGAUUUACGACCUCUGUUUCUGUGUUUGGGUAAACGUCUAUGUGAUCUGUCUGCUGAAGAGGAAUUAGACCCGUACAACAGUGCAGAUGGCAUAUCAGUUACAUGGCCUUCAGAGUGGACAGUGCAAUCACUUUCACUCCCAUCACUCUGAGCUUCUUGUUCACUGUCACAAUUCUGAUCUGCAUCAGAAUCCUGCCAGUGUACAGAACCAUGUCUGUUUUCAUUCCUAUCACCUUGAAUCUGAUUCCUUCUGUCAAGCUUGGCCAGGACAGUCUUUUCAAACUGUUCUGCCCAAGAUUGCCAAGAAUCUACAGGUGUUUUCUCAGAAUUACUCACAUCUUUUCUUAGAGACUGUUUUAUGAAAACCUGGUCUGGUGUGUGAAUAUCAGGAAAUUGAAAAGAAUCACUUGGGUCUUUUCCCAGUAAUCCUUCACUUCCCUUUUGAUAUUCAUCUAGCUGCAUCUGUAUCUGUUUUAUCUGUUGAUCAUAAUCAUCCACCAUUUUGUUCAUUCUUUCCAGUUUAUUCAAAAGGUCAGAGUUUAGAACCUGAAGGAGAUUAUUUUCAUCAGACAAAGUUUUGAACCUUCCUUGUUCGAGCACCAGGUCUUUCUGACACUCGUCCAAUUUACGUUCUAUCUCAUUAUGCUUUUUUAACAUAAUAGAAUAACCCAAUAUGAAAAACGGGCAUGAAUUGGUAACAGAUCGCAUUGUAGACUCUUCAUCUAUAUGGCUAAGAUAUUUAACCAUAGGUGAAUCAGCCGAUCUAUCAUGAAUUGAAUCAUCAACCUGUUUUUUUAUUUGGAGUAUCCACUCUGGAUAAUCAACUUUAAUAUUUAGAUACUGAUAUAUGAUGCUUAAGGGAAAACCUUGCAUUUCCGCUAACUUCUUCCCAUUCUCUGAUUGAGAUGAAGCGCUAGAUUCAGCCAUAUUUCUAUACAGUGAUUUAAUCUCAAUACAAAACUCUUUUCUAUAUCAAGAUUAAAUUGCAUGAAUUACACCAAUAUUAUUAUUAUAUAUGAAAUACAAUUUCAACUUAAACGAUCUCAGCACCGUGCCUCCAAUAUGUGGGGAUAUUUAUGGGAUAAUAAUAGUAACAGUGAGAAUUGCCCACUAAUUCAAUUCUCAGAUCCCAAAGAACGUUUAUCGUGUUAAGUGGAAUGUAUUUCAUAUAAAUAAUCACAAUGUAUAAAAAUAGAUUUUUAUUUAUAUGACAAAUUAAUAAUAAUAAUAUAUGUAACAUGCAUAACAAUAAUCAAUGAAUAUUCAGUAUAAAACGAUAUGCAAUACAAAGAAAUGGGUAUUACGUUUCAAUGGCUAAAUAGCUCAUUAUCUGUCAAGACUUCUACGAUUUAUGAGGUAUCCUUAACACAGGCUGAAAGUGAAACUUUUCACACAGAGAACAGAAUUCCUCAGAGUGCAGCAUAAGGUCGUAAAGUUUAGCAGACAGUUAGAAUAACCCUUUCAAUGCUGGCUAGAUCUCCUAGGUAGUUAAGAUCUAUUCUUAUGUAAUUUUUAAAUAAAAUAACAUUUAAACCAGUUUAAAUUCAUUUUCUUAAAAUCAUCCAAUAAGAGAAUUUACCACAUUAUAUAAGCAGAUUUUAAUUUGUCUAAAAGAUAUCUAUCUUAAUUUAGAGCAAAUCAAUACACCUGGAUAAAAACAGCGGUAUGCUAACACGUGAUAAUAUCACAUCAAUAUAUAAUUAUUCUUAAUUCCACCUGCAGAAUGGAAUGUUUAUAACUAUAUUCUUUAGUUAACUAAGAUUUCUUAAUAUGGAAAUCUGACCGUGCUUUAUCCAGUCAUAUAUAUAAUGCUAUUAAUACAUUUUAAUUAAUUUAAUUAAUUAAAUGAAACCAGUAUAAUUACCAGUUGAGUAGAUAUUUCAUCCGAUUGGUAGUCUCAGGAACUUAUUUGGAUGUCUCUCUGCAUGGAGGUGUUGGUUAGAAAGUCAGUAAAUUCUAAGUGUUAUUUUUAGGAGUAGAGUGUUAAUCUCAGAUGUUGUCCGAGUUGGAGUCCCCAAACUUCCAAUUCCUCUCUCCUCUCCUUUGCAUAUCUCUUGGAUCUGCCUCCUUAUCUAUCUUCCCUUUCUCUUAACUUUUAAAGGGCCAGACUCUCUGUACGUCAUCAGUUGAUAACCCAAUAGAAGCACUAGAGGUGUGGUUAUCUUCCAGAUCGCAAAUUAGUUAUUUGGUCUGUAGAGGGCAGUCUUGUCCCACUAAACAUACCUAUCCAGGAAAAAGUUAACUUUUCCUGGUGGCUAUUUUGACGUCAUUUUGGCCUAUCUAGAUAGUGGCUAUAACUUACGUAUCCUUCAAAGAUCAAAGGGGUUCUUAAAUUUUGUCCAGACUAUGUGUCUGCAAAUCUGCUAUAAUUUCUGAUAUGACAGAUCAUGAACUAAGCUUACCCUUUUCCAUACAAUGGUACCUUAUAUAUAUAGACAGUUAAAUAUUAAAUUAUUUAAUCUUCUCUGUCACAAUUGUCUGGGUUUAGAUUUGAUUAUAUUCUAUUAGCAUUAGACAAUCUGUCCAACCCCCUUCCUUAUCACUUGGCUUGUAUAUACUAUGCAUUCCUCAGCUCUGGGAAAGUGGUUAGCUUACAGAUAGAAAUAUAGUGUCUUUCUGUUAACUUGAAAUAACAAAAUGGAGUCUGAUCUGUUCAGAGUGACUCAGAAUAUACACUUUUAGUUUCUAUCAUUGCACAAAAUGUCUGCCGAUAUAAAUACUCUGACACAUGGAAGACGUGCAGCGUCGUUUAGAUGACCAAAAGUUUUUAUAAAAACUGCAAUAAUUACAUGCUCAGGGUUAAUGGGACUUGGCUGAAUGAGCUGAAGUGGUUUGGGUGCCUACAGAGUCCCUUUAACUGGUACUUCCUUUAUCCAGCAAUAUGUCUACCUUAACUAGUACUUCCAGUGGCGUACAUACUGGGGUCUCGGCUGCGACCAGGCCCGGCCGCCCUGCAACCCGGUAUGUACCCACUGUGGCUAGCUUUUUCUCCUGGGUGGCCCAGGAGCCGGCCACCUCAGGGCCCCCCGCGAGGCUGGCCCUGGUGGCAACCGACCGGCAGCCUGGCGGGUGUGCGAGGGAGCACUCUCCUUGGCUGAGUGCUUCCUCUUCAGCUCCCUCGCGCACCGCACUGAUACCUGAGCCAGAAGAUGAUGCGAGGGAGCUGAACAGGAAGCACUCAGCCAAGGAGAGUGCUCCCUCGCGCGCCUGCCAGGUGACACCACUGGACCCCAGGGAAUCCCCCUGUGUGUUAGAGAGAGAGUGUGUGUGUGUGUGUGUUAGAGUGUGUCUGUUACGGAGUGUGUUAGUUUGUGUGCAUCUGUUAGUCUGUCUGAGUGUGUAUGUAUGUGUCACUGAGUGUGUAUGCGUUUCUUAAGCACUUACCUUUCUCCAGCGCCGGAUUCCAGUAACCGAGGGAACUACGUUCGCAAUCUCCACAGAGGAGUGAUCAACACCAUCGUACAAUCGUGACGGGUCAAUUUCGAGAGCAUGUGACCAAUCAAGUUGAACUGAGGGAAGGCAUACACCCUUAGCAUCUUGCCAAGUCUGAAGGAAGGCGUCCAGCUGUAAAACUUCAGUAACUGGGCAUUGAGUCAGGGUGCAAACAGGUCCACCUCAAACGGUCCCCGCAGCCAAUGCGUGCAAGCGCCAAUCCUCAGAGUCUCAAAUUCCAGUUGGCCCACAAGUUGUGCAGGCCUGACGUUGUGGACACAGAAUUGCCAGAAGUCCUUCGCCAUAAUUGCCAAUAUCCGCGACUUCGUGCCCCAUAAGUGGUUGAUGUAACGCACCGCUGACACAUUAUCCAUCUUGAAUAUAACGCAGCAGUUUGCACGACCGGGGGUAAGACUGCGGAUAGCGAAGACCCCUGCUAAGAAUUCCAGACAGUUCAUGUGCAACGUUUCCUCGAACUCAGACCACCUGUCUCCGGUAGAAACUGUGCCACAGCGCUCACCCCAACCAUGUAAAUUGGCAUCGCAUUCAAUCACCACGUCCGGGAUCGACCCGAAGAUGGCCCUGCCGUUCCAGGCUUCCCUGUGAGCCAGCUCGUCCCUGGAUCUGUCGCCCAAUAAGAACGACCCAAACAGAAGCAGGAGCCCUUGAGACGUUGAAAAGCCUGAUAGUGAAGUGUCCCUGGAAAAAUAGGUUGGAUGGAAGCAGCGAGCAGGUCGAUCAUCCUCGUCAAAUCUCUCAUCGACAGAUCCUCCAACCGGAGGGUCCGUCUGAUUUCUUUCUUUAUGGCCUUCGUCUUGAAGUCUGGGAGGGACAGGAACUGCCUGUGAAACCCAAAAACUCAGACUGCGCAGGCUCAGUACUGACUUUUCCCAAUUGAUCAGGAAAAACCCAAGUUCUGGAUCAACAUGUUUGUCCAGCUGACAUGUAACUGCAGCCUAUCACUUGACUGGGACAUGAUCAAGAUGUCGUCUAGAUAGAUAAUCAGACGAACACCCCUCGAACGGAGGAACGACACCACUGGUUUCAUGACCUUGGUGAAACACCAAGGAGCUGAUGAUAGACCGAACGGUAGACACGUAAACCUCCAACAUUUCCCUCACUAGGUUAAUUGGAAAAAGUCUGUCUUCCCUAGCUAUGGGAACUGUGAAAACACAGCUUUGCCAACCAAUCCGAUGCCUGGAGAAGAUCCCGAAGACUGUAUCCAGGUGACACAGGGAUAUGCCAAUAACCCCACCGUGGCACUGGCAGAUGCCGUUAAUUGGUGGUGGAGACCGGUAUGAACUACUCCUUUUUGCUGCUUUACAUGUCAGUUCUCCAGGCACAUUGCGGAGGUGAAUGAAGUAGGGUAAUGAAUGAAGGAUCGAUCGUAUUUAUUCCCAUCCAACAAAUGCCUGAAACUGUUAACAUUUUCUAAUAUAAAAUGUGUGUUCUGUUAACAUUUACAUAACUGGUUUCAUUAUAUUUUCCAUCCUUUCCAGAUUGUAGCAUUUGUCAACAUGAAUCAAAUGGUGGCACAAACCACACAGCUCUCGCUGGCUGUCCUGGAGAACAUGGUACAGAGUAGCAGUAAUCUGGGAGACAUGGUCAGGCAUGGAGUUACCUUGGACAGAUUGCUUGGCCUCCUUCAAGUGU